CGAUUUCCGCUUCCUUUCGUCGGCUGCUGAAGUUCACGCAGCUGUUUCUUCUUCUUCGUUGGAGUUUUACAACAGUUGGACUUGGUGUCCAUAGAGUCGCAUUACUGCCAUACGCACCUGUUUUAUGCACUUUAUUACCUUUAAACUUUAUUUUAACUUCUCAUCUCGAACUUUAAACAGAUGUUAAUAGUGAGAAAGCCUGAAUCCCCAGAAUGGCUCUGAGACACCUGUCGGUGAAGGCGCUCCUCUUCUUUGGGCUCUGUCUGGUGGGACGCAGGGGGUUUGCCUCAGCUCCUGAACUCAGAGAGCCACCAAAGAAAAUCGCAAUAAUUGGCGGUGGUAUCGGAGGCACGGCAGCAGCGUUUUUCUUGAGACAAGAGUUUGGACCGGCAGUGAAGAUCGAAGUGUUUGAGGCUGGGACUGUGGGAGGGCGUCUGGCCACUGAAAACAUUGGAGGAUAUGAGUAUGAGACGGGAGGAUCUAUUAUUCACCCCCUCAACCUGCACAUGAAGCACUUUGUGGACAGACUCGGUCUGUCUCCUCGUGCCGAUGUUUCUUCUAAGCUGGCGAUAUUUGACGGGAAGGAGCUGACAUUUGAAGAGAGCGACUGGUUCAUAGUGAACGUCAUACGCAUGCUGUGGAGAUACGGAUUCAACUUCAUUCGAAUGCAUAUGUGGGUGGAGGGCAUACUGGACAAGUUUAUGAGGAUAUAUCAGUACCAGCAGUUUGGCUACUCGUUCUCCAGCGUGGAGAAGCUGCUUCAUGCUAUGGGUGGAGACGGCUUCCUCUCUCUGGUCAAUCAGACGCUGGAGGAGACCAUGCUGGCUGAGGGCUUCUCUCAGGUCUUUCUCAAUGAUGUCGUAACACCCGUCACAAGAGUCAACUACGGCCAAAGUGUCCGAAUCAAUGGAUUUGUGGGUGCUAUUGCACUAGCAGGAGCCGACUCAGGAUUGUGGGCAGUGGAUGGAGGGAAUAAGAUGGUUUGUUCCGGGCUUCUGUACCACAGCAAAGCUGAACUUAUUCCAGCUCGUGUGACAGCCAUCUCCAUGAAGACGAGACCAUCCAAAACUGGUUCCGCUGCAAAUUUCUACGAAGUGAACUAUGUUGGCGAGUCUGGUGCCGCCCAUUCCACGUACGACAUAGUUGUAGUUGCCACACCUCUCCACCAGGGCAUGUCUGACAUCAACUUCUCAGGCUUUUCUCCUCCCAUCCCAACCCACUUCCCUGGUCGCUUCCACCAAACGGUGGCCACGCUGGUGCACGGUCUGCUCAAUGUGUCCUAUCUGGGCACCACAGUGAAGCCGGAAGACUUCUAUGUUUCUGCCGUCCUCACAUUAGACAACAAAGCCUGUGAGAUCCACAGCCUGAGCUCUCUGAACCCAGUGAAGAUUCCCAAGGGUUACUCCCGCAGCGCUGCCAGUCAACAAAAAGUAUGGAAGAUCUUCUCACCUCAGCCACUUUCUCAGAAGAAUCUGCAGGAAAUCUUCCUUUCCUGGGACUCGGUGUCGGAGAGGCGCUGGCUCGCGUACCCCUCCUACAGCCCACCGCACCGCAGGACGCCUCCCUUCAUCCUCCACGAUCGCCUCUACUACCUCAACGCCGUGGAGUGGGCGGCCAGCGCCAUGGAGAUGAGUGCCAUUUCCGCCCGUAAUCUGGCCCUGCUCGCCCACCACCGCUGGUACGAGCAGACGGACAAAAUCGACCAAGAGGACCUGCACACCAGACUCCGAGGUGAACUCUGACGGAGCAGCGCUGCAGAAAUGCUUCGGGUUCAUAAGCAAUCAAAUCUAGUAUGGAGAAGAGAGACAGACCUGUGCUGUAUAUUUUUCAAAUGAACUUUUUAGGUUAUUACAUAAGUAAUUACAAAUUAACACAUCCACAAUAAUCAUUACUGAAAUGAGAAAUGGGUUUCACUAGUGCUGUUUUUAUGAAAAUAAUUAAUAACCAUAAAAGGGUUUUGACUGACGAUAAACUCUAUUACUUUGUCCCCUACAAAUCUUGGACUGGUAUUUAUAGUAGAAUCACUUAAAAUUAAAUAAUUGAAAUAAAGCUAAACUUAUAGAAAUAUAAAACACAAACAUGACAAAUGUUGAUUUUGAAGUACUAAGAUUUAAAUAAAUAUAAAUAAAAGCUAAAUAAAUAUAAAUAGAAUAGGAAAAUAAAUAUAAAAAAAAAAUCUAUAAUAAUAUACUAAAACAAGCAUUAACAUUUAAAUUUAAAUUUCCAAAAUGAAUAAAUAUUAUAAUAGUGUAGAAGAUAACACUUCAUCAAAUUAUUAUAUAUUGUAUCAGAUAAACAUACCAUAUUUAAUAAAUAUUUGUAAUAGUUUUGUUUUAGAUUUCGAAAGCUAAAUUUGUAAAUGUUCAUUUCAUACUUACGGGUAAAACAAGUUUCACAAACGACCGAGCCAUGGAGAAAACAACUAUUUGAGAUCAUUUUUGUACGCGGUCUGUCUAUAUUCAUCUUUGUGCUGUGUGUGUGCUGUACAUCACAGAUUUUCAUUACCAUCUGAAUUUUGUGCUAGGAAUCUUCAGUGCCUGUUAUUCUAAAUGAUGAUUUUCAUUACAUUUUUUACCAUGUCACUUAAAACAGAUACUGGAAUAAAAUGACUUAAAUUAAAAAUAGCAUAAAUUAAAGACUGAACAACAAAUACAACCAUUCAUGAUAAUUACAGUUAAGACAUGGAGUUGUUCUAAACUAAAGUUUCAUGAGAUUUCCUUGCCUAGAUGCACUGUAAAACAUCACAGUAGUAGUGACUUAGACUGUGUUAAAGAGUGGAUAUACAGUCCACUUUACUGCUUGUGAUAAGACGCUGUCCCUCUUCUCAAUGAAAUAGAACAAAGUAAUGAUAUUGAUUACUACUGUGUGUGUGUUUAACACUAUCAUGUGCCAGGUUUCCACAGGUUUGAGAUGUACGUGUUUAACUGUGGUUAAAUCAGUCUGCUUCACCUGCUCAGUCCUUGAAUACAGCCUCAGUAGCCUAUAUCUUUCAUGCAUGUGCUAAGACACUUCUGAAUUCUUAUCAUUUUAUUCUUCCUGCAAAAUGUGCAUUUAGUAUAAUGUUAAUUAUUCUUGGUGGUUUUUCAACAAUGCAAAAGUUUAAAUGACGUUUAAGAAUUUGAAAGAAAGGAUGUGUGACUUCAUUUUACUUCAGCUGACCGAAGUCAAGUAUUGAAUAUAUAUUAUGAAUAUGUAUUUUGUCAAAUUCUUCUGAAAAAUGUAAAUUAAAAGUAAAAAAAUCUGUAAAAAUCUCUUUCCCAGUGGCACUCACAGUCCUGGUGAACUUCAAGUAUUAAUACUACUGACACACGGGUUUGGACUUGAUGUUUCCAACACUCUUAACUUUUCAUGCACAUGAGCCUUUCUGAUCAAUGACUUGCUUGUUAAUGUUUCCUUCCUAGAAAGCAAAAGAUUUCAUUCUGUUCACAUUUAAAUUUCUUAAGGAACAGUGUUAAGAAAUGAAUGAAGAGUGCUUUUAUAAGAACAAAUGGAUGCUGUUUAAUAACUUUUUAGUUAUUUUGUUUAUUGAAGAUCACAACCUGUUUACAAUUUUCAAUAAAAUGUCUUUUAAUAUGUAA